AUGUUCUCAAGAAUCUUCUCUGAUGGAGAAGGGUACAUCGAUAAUUGUACAACUGUUACCUGUCAUGAAAUUAAUGGCUCAUUUGUGAUAUUUGAGACUAAAAAAGACUGCCCUUACUUUAAUCAAGAUGACUGUAAACCUGGAACGGUGCGAUAUGACAUAAAUCAGUGUUGCAAGAUCUGUGAGCCCAAGAACUGCGUUCUAGUGCAGAACACCACCAAUGUGACUGCAAAUAAUUGUAAAUCCAUUGGGGCUAUUGAACUGACAUCCUGCAGUGGCCACUGUGACACCCAAUCAAUGUAUUCUAUGCAAAUGAAUGCCAUGAUGCACAGCUGUUCUUGCUGCCGGGAGGAGAAAACCAGCCGUAAAAAUGUGACGCUGAAGUGUCCCGAUGACAGUGAGAUCCUUUAUCACUACGACUAUGUUGAAAGCUGCAGAUGCACUCCUACAGAGUGUGAAAACCAGAAGACUAACGGAUAAAUGAUCAUGUUUCAUAUCUGCCUGAUCUUAACUUGAUUAUUGCAGAUUUGAACAUGACUGAAUCGGUCACGCUGAGAAAUAUAUAACAGAAAAUUACAAUACUGAUGAUUUAAACUGUGUGAGACAUUUAAAUGGCAACCAUUAUUAAAGCCAUAAUAUUUUAUUCACUUUUUUAAUUUAGGUGUAUGGUUUACUCUAAUGAUAAUAUUUUUCUUACAUAAAAAUAAAAUAAAACAUACUGGGACCGGGGUCAUUUUGAGAUUAAU